AGGGAGAAAGGCAAGUUCUUAGCUGUCGAUCUCGGUGGCAGCAAUUGCAGGAUAUGCCUAGUCAGCCUGCACGGUGACUCAAUCUUCACUGUAGUCCAAAGUAAGCAUGGUGUGCCGCCAGGGGUCAUGGUGAGCCCCAGUUAUCGACCUCUUUUCGAUUUCAUAGCGCACCGGAUUGCGGACUUCUUAGCUGCGCAACCAGAUUUGUGUUUCUCCCAGGGCAUCAGCAACAACUAUCAACAGCCGUACCAGUUAGGCUUCACAUUCAGUUUCACUUGUGAGCAAACAUCGCUCGCAAGCGGUCGUCUUAUCCACUGGGACAAAGGCUGGGAUAUUCCGGAUGCUAUAGGUCGAGAUCCCUGUCAGAUGCUACAAGAAGCGAUCGACCGCCUGGGACUUCCAGUUGUCGUGACGGUCCUUGCAAAUGAUGGCGUUGGUACGCUUCUGACUCGAUCCUACACCUCGGGACCAACGGCCUCCACCCUGGCUGCGGUUAUCUUCGGAACGGGAACCAAUGCUGCCUAUGUCGAGAAGCUGUCCAACGUGAGCAGAUUCAGCGGUGAAUCAAAGCCUGACGAGAUCAUGGUGGUCAAUACGGAAUGGGGCUGCUUCGAUGACCAGAUGGAAGUCUUACCGCGAACCUCGUUCGACGACGAGCUGGAUGAGGCAUCGGCCGAUCCAGGCAUUCAGAUGCUAGAGAAACGAGUCUCAGGUCUAUACCUAGGGGAGCUGCUUCGGUUGGUGAUUUUCAAGUUGAUACGCGAGAAUGCCUUUGCCAUGACGUGCAACCACGCAUCGGGGGUAUUCCAACGCGACGGUAUCGACAGUUCGUUUCUCUCGGAACUUGCAAAGGCAAGUUCAGACAACACCGAAAACAUUAUCCAACUCAUACAAAACACAUUGUCUGCGGAGAAUGUCAGCGAAGUUGAUGCACGAGCCAUUCAACUUUUGGCCACAGCUAUCGGCCGACGAGCAGCCCGGUUAGCGGGUGCGUCAUUGGCUGCCAUCGUCAUCCAAAGCGGCCGACUCGAGAUGCCAGCAGUCCAAGCUUCCGGCGCUGAGUAUUCCAUGCACCAUUCUGAACGCUUCAAGUCCGGAGCGACUCUGCUCUGGCGCCGGUUGUUGCGUCUAACAGGAAUGGGUUCGUCCGUUGAGAAGCCGUCCGCUCCUAUACCAUCACGCGGGUCCAAGUUGGAUAAAAUCAUUGACAUCGGGGCCGAUGGGUCGCUGAUCGAAUAUUACCCUUCUUUCGAGACUGACAUGCGCGGUGCGUUGAGAGAUGUACCGGAGGUUGGACCAGCUGGGGAGCAACGAGUUCAGAUCAGUAUGGCCAAAGACGGCUCCGGGGUGGGAGCCGCCUUGAUGGCUCAGGCAGCUAGCGAGAUGGAUGCGGGUCUGUAACUCACAGAGGACGAUGAAAGAAGUUUCAAGGUCACAAGCAACAUGUCGCACAUCGAACUAGAUGUUGCGAUUGUGGGGGGAACCAGAUCCGCCGUAUCUAAGGAAUCGGAACGAUGACUUUCCCGGGAGUGACGGAAGGAGAGUAACGAGAGGCAAGGCGCUAGACUCUAUCUAGGCAUCACCUGAUCCAACAUUGUUGUCGCCUGUGUGCAGAGCAUAUAGCUAUCUGGUGCUGGUGAGAGAUAUGUUAAAGUAGGCUCACAUUUCUC